AUGUCUUCAAUACCCACGCCCUCCUGCCUGUCCACGCUUCCCCCCGAGCUCCUCACCAGCGUCCUCUCGCACCUCUUCACAAAAGACCUCGUGCACGCCUCCAGCGUCAACCACGCCAUCCACGACUGCGCCGACUACCUCCUGCGCCAGCGCAUCCGGCACAUCCCCGAGCUCGACGGGCACGCCAUGGUAAUCGAAUGCUCGCCGCCCAGCAACCGCUUCACGGCGCCCUACCACCCCUGCAAACACACGAGCACGCACCCCAGCACCGCAACCCUCACCGCCAACACGCCGACGCCCACGCUCCCGAUCCCCGCGGGGACCAGCCCCAGCAGCGUCUUCUCGCACUUCACGCCGCACCCGCAGACGCGCACCGACGUUGUUCUCGAGGCCGGCGAGUUCUUCACGCAGCUGUGCGCGAGCAGCUUCCUCGCCAAGGUUGCGAGCGUGCGGCCCGUGUUCAGCGAGACGUUCUUCCGGGUGCGCAGGUCGUGGCUGCUGGAGGGCGUCAAGUGUGCCGAGGGCAGGAUGGUGUGGUUGGAUGAGAGGGGGAAUCUUGGGUUAAGGUUGAAGGUGGAGGGGGAGGCGGCGGCGGGGGAGGAGGAGGAGGUGCAGUUUGGGGUGGUGGUGGAGGAGGUGGUGGUACGGAGCGGGUAUUUGGUGGAGGUUGUGGAGGGGGUGUUUUAG